ACAAAAGAAGCGACGAAGUUUCGUGAGCUGUCUGUGUGUCAUAUCAGGGCGAGAGGGGGGAGAAAGAGUUGGAACCACCCCUCAGAUCUCCUUCUCUCUCGUGUCUUUAUUUUUUUUUUGAAAAUUCAUCAGCAAGUCGUGUUGCGUGCGAGCCGAUUCUCUUUCUCCAUCCAAUUCAAAAUUCCCGAUUUCGUUUUGUUACGGCCGCGACUGAUUCUUUCAUCGGAGAGAAAAGGGGAAAUAGGGAUUUAUCAUCAAUCAUCAGAGGUUGCUGUUUGACUAGAGAUGGAGACGGACAAUGGGAAGGGGUUGAUACUAGCAGUGGCGUCUAGUGUAUUCAUUGGCUCCAGCUUCAUCUUGAAGAAGAAAGGUCUCAAGCGUGCUGCUGCCAAUGGCACCCGUGCAGGGUAUGGAGGUUAUACUUACUUGUUAGAGCCUCUUUGGUGGGCCGGCAUGAUCACUAUGAUUGUCGGAGAAGCUGCAAACUUUGUGGCCUACAUUUACGCGCCCGCUGUUCUCGUCACUCCCCUUGGUGCUUUAAGUAUAAUCAUCAGUGCUAUUCUGGCACAUUUCCUCUUAAAGGAAAAACUUAAGAAAAUGGGGGUUCUUGGAUGUGUUUCUUGCAUCGUCGGCUCCGUUGUCAUCGUCAUUCACGCCCCUAAGGAGCAGACUCCUAACUCCGUCCAAGAGAUUUGGUCUCUCGCUACUCAGCCUGCUUUUCUAGUUUACGUAGCCAUAACCAUGUCCAUUGUCCUUGCUUUGAUUCUCCACUUCGAGCCUCUCUGCGGCCAAUCCAACGUUCUCGUUUAUAUCGGUAUCUGUUCCUUAAUGGGUGCUCUCACUGUUAUGAGCAUAAAGGCUAUUGGAAUUGCCAUUAAGUUAACUAUGGAGGGAGUCAGCCAGAUCGGGUAUCCCCAGACAUGGCUUUUUCUCUUGGUUGCAGUUACCUGUGUCGUUACCCAAUUGAUUUAUCUUAACAAGGCUUUGGACACAUUCAAUGCAGCGAUUGUUUCUCCAGUGUACUAUGUAAUGUUCACAACCCUCACAAUUGUUGCUAGUGCCAUCAUGUUCAAGGAUUGGUCUGGGCAAGACGCAGCUAGCGUAGCCUCUGAGUUAUGUGGAUUCAUCACUGUGCUCACUGGCACGAUGAUACUUCAUGGGACCAGGGAAGAGGAACAACAACAAGCUUCUUCUUCAGAUUUGAUAUUUGGGUCUUCAGAAUCAGUAAGAUGGUACGAGUCAAGAAAGAGCCCCAACGAAGAACACCUGAUAAGCCUGUACAGCCCUGAAUACUAGGAACAAGGUGGCCGAUCUCUAGCCUCACUCUCAAUAUAGAUUUGCCAGAAGAAGCCUCGUGGACUGAUCAUGUGUCGUAGCUUUGUAUCGUUCUUGUGGUCGUCUCUUCUCUGUACAGACAAAAAGUUUGUCUAACUGAAACUCGGAACAUUUUGAGAUAUGUAUCAGUUCUAAGUAUACACACACAGACACAGUACAGGUUCUUCGUUGUAUUCUCUUAUAUGGACUUCGGUCCCAAUAUAUGUAUCUUCAUUUUUUCUAGGAUAAAAUGUUUUCUUUAAUUGUA